AUGAUAUACUCGAUGGGAUUUUUCAUAUGCUACGGAGUAUCAUUUAUGACAUUGUGCGCCAUAAGCUGCGAAAGGUUAUUAACGUUGCUGUAUUCUUUUCGUUUUCAAGAACUUGUUCGACGCGAGCGCGUUUCAAAAACAGCCGUUUUCAUUUGGCUUGUCAACUUAUUAUUCACGUGUCUCCAGUGGGCUAAUAAUCAUAUCUUCAAAUUUAUUCAUCUGUGUUUGUUGCUGGUUUCUCUUGUCAUAGCAUUUUCAGCUCAGUGUAAAAUUCUCCUCAUAAGUCUUCGCCACCAACGUCAAAUCAAACGACAUAACCCAGGAACCUCUUCCCUGCAAAGGCAAAUGCAAAUCAAGCUCGCAAUUAAUCUUACGUCCAUAGUUGCAAUUUAUUUUGCCUUGAAUUUACCUGUCCUUCUUGUAACCAAAUUACAUCAAAUCAUUAUCGGAUAUAUUGAAACCUAUAACUAUUAUAGUUGGGCCGAAACUGCGGCUUUAUUAAAUUCCUCUGUUAAUCCACUCGUUUGUACUUUGCGAGUUAAAGAAAUCAGAAAGGCCAUCAGAGAUAUUUUUGUGAAGAAAAGGAAACUUAGAGGAAGGAAGAGAACAAUUCUCGACAAAGUUGCAGAUCAAGAGAAUAAUAACGUAUUGUUGUUGAGGUUCAGGGAAAUGACCGUGCUAUAA